CACAUUUUUUAUUAUAAGAUUAGUUUUUAUAGUUACAAGUGAAAUAUUGUCGAUUUGCAGGAAGUGCAAUUUGCAAAUAAUGUAUCAUAAACAUGAGGCUCAUGUUUUAAUUGUCCAAAUUAAAAGCUCCAAAUAUUUCUAGUAGUUCACAUUAUUCGGCUGAAAGGGAAGUUUGUUGAAUAGUGGAAGAAAUAUUGACUAAACAAAUUCUACCGAAGCGUCUACACACUUUUAUUUUGAAAAUCUGAUCAAUUGGAAGUGCCGCUGACAUUUUAUUUUGGCAUUUCCUGUAUGGCCUGCACCGGAAGUGACUCUACAGUGGAGGUCAGCGCUUGAAACAAAACGCUUGUUUCUGGAAUAUGUCGAUAAUAUUUGGUCUCCUGCUGAAAGCGUCCAUCAGCUGCUGUGACUGAGAGUUAAUGACUAGCGUCAUGUCCUGCUCAGGAACAUGUGACAUCACUUCCUUGUCCCCGAGAUGAGCAGCAGGAUUCCAGAUGAGGAGCACCCCUAGAGGCCAUCAGGGACAUUGCAUGGAGGACACCUGGAAGACAUCCAGCAUGAUCAGCAAUUUAUUUCAUAGAGGCGUGCCACCGGCCUAGUCACAGGUUGGAGUCUUCAACAAGCGCAGGAUGCACACGUUGGUGUCGGGCUGCAGGAUGAGUUUAGCUGUGCUUUUCAACGGGCUGCUGGUGUCCGUGGUAGCAGCUCUGCUUUGGGAGUAUUCCAAGUUGAGAGAGCACGCCGCCAUGCUGGAGGAGGAGCUGCACAUGACGGGGCCAUCCCAAGAACUCACUCAGGCCCAUCUGGACUAUCACCUGGCCCUGCGAGCGCUUCAAGAAGAUGGCACCCGCAUGGUGUGCAGCAGCAAAAUGCACACCGAUCGCAUCUGCCGCUUUGAUGACCUCUGCUACAACGCGGAGGCAGAAGAGUUUGUCUUCUUUCAUUCCAACUCCUCCGUCAUGUUGCCAAACCUUGGUUCCAGACGCUUCCAACCUGCUCUGCUGGACAUGUCCUCGGUAGAAGACCACAGUACGCAGUACUUUAAUUUCCUGGAGCUCCCGGCGGCCGCUUUGAAGUUCUUGCCCAAGCCCGUGUUUGUGCCAGAUGUGGCGUUCAUUUUAAACCGCUUCAACCCCGACAACAUCAUGCAUGUGUUCCAUGAUGACCUUCUGCCGGCCUUCUACACCAUGAAGCUCUAUUCCGACCUGGACGACCACGCCCGCUUGGUGUUCAUGGAGGGCUGGGGGGAAGGGCCGCACUUCGACCUCUACAAACUGCUGAGCAACAAACAGCCUCUUCUCAAAGAACAGCUAAGGAACUUUGGAAAGCUCAUUUGUUUCACCAAGGCAUACGUGGGCUUGUCCAAAAUGACAACCUGGUAUCAGUACGGUUUUGUGCAGCCACAGGGGCCCAAAGCUAACCUGUUGGUUUCGGGGAACGAGAUUCGUCAGUUUGCCACAGCUUUUAUGGAUAAAAUGAACAUCACGAGAACGGCCAAGAAAGCGGCGGACGACAAAUACAUCGUUGUGUUCAGUCGCUUAGCAACAAGGCUGAUAGUCAAUGAGGCUGAGUUGAUCAUGGCGCUGGCUCAGGAGUUCCAGAUGAAGGUCUUCAAGGUGUCCCUGGAGGAGCAGUCUUUUCCCAGCAUUGUCCAAGUGGUCAGUGGGGCCUCCAUGCUCGUCAGCAUGCAUGGGGCUCAGCUCAUCACCUCUCUUUUCCUCCCCAGAGGAGCAGUGGUGGUGGAACUGUUCCCUUUUGCCAUAAACCCAGAGCACUAUACUCCAUAUAAAACCCUCGCCACUCUUCCAGGCAUGGACCUUCACUAUGUUUCAUGGAGGAACACCAAGAAGGAGAACACCCUGACCCAUCCCGACAGAGCUUGGGAACAAGGAGGCAUUGCUCACUUGGAGAAGGAGGAGCAAGAGCGAAUCUUGACCAGCAAAGAAGUCUCACGCCACUUGUGUUGCCGCAACCCAGAGUGGCUCUUUCGGAUCUACCAAGACACCCGAGUAGACAUUCCGUCGCUCCUUGACGUUGCCGGGGAGGCCGUGAAGUCACAGCACGGCGUCAAGAUGUCCAAGCCCGCCAGCAAGAUCCAUCCAGGCCGGGUCAGAGAAGCCCAGUGUCAGACCUCGGUGCAAGCUACCGACAAGGCAAAGCUCACCAUCUCCUGGCACAUCCCCUGGAAUCUGAAAUACCUGAAAGUCAAAGAAGUCAAGUACGAGGUAUGGAUUCAAGAAGAAGGAGAGAACACCUACAUGCCUUAUAUUCUUCCUCAGCAAAACUACACCUUUUCAGAAAAUAUCAAGCCUUUCACCACCUACCUGGUGUGGGUCAGAUGUAUAUUCAACAACAACCUUCUGGGCCCCUUUGCAGACGUUCUGCUGUGUCGAACUUAAGGAAUGUGCUGCUCUACCUUCAUUUCAGCCACAUCAACAUGCGAACCAGACAUUUUACAAUGCAGACCAGUAGUUACUUGUUCUUAAAAGAGAGGAAAAUAAAGUCUGUUGCCGUUAAACAUGUUUUAUUUCUUUCAAAGGUCUUUUUAUGGUGGCUAUACAAAGUCUUUACUACCCUAUGAACCCUCUCUUCUCCCCUUUCCACUCAAAAACUUUCACCUCGUCCUCCACAUGGGUCGUAGAGUCCAUAGUAAAUGUCCAGCCAGAUGUCUGGCAACUAGUUUCUUGCAGAAAAAGUGAGACUGUAGCUCAGUUUGUGACAACAUUUAGUAGUGGUAGUCACAAAUACCUCAAAGGGCUGCAUAAACCUUGGACU